GCGACGUGACUCGAGUGAACCCGAGUCUCAGUCCCCGGGUCAGGACACUCACUCAGGACCGCCUGGACGCAGAAGCCACGGUGGGGAUUUACAGCAGGUGUGAAGACCACAUCAGACCCCGACUCGUCUGGGAAAGUGGACCAGAGAGUGGGACAAACACCAGCACCGCUUCCCACGGACUAAUCUCCCCGAGAGGGCGGGGGUUGGGUGUUUUUUCUGAGAGGGUACCACUCACUCACACACUCACACACCCCUCCUCGGCAGCAUCCUGAGCAGGUCUUCCAGUCGUUUCCACUUAAAAGCAGCAACAGGUUGAGCCGCAGCAGCAGCAGCAGUGUGAGGCGGACUGAAGCCUACCAUGCCGAGCAAAAGCCAGUAUCUGCGCCCCCGGCUGUGCACGCUGGAGAAGGGGGACAACGGCUACGGCUUCCACCUCCACGGGGAGAAAGGUAAGACGGGGCAGUUCAUCCGCCUGGUGGAGCCCGACAGCCCGGCUGAAACCUCGGGGCUCCGCGCCGGAGACCGGCUGGUGUUUGUGAACGGCGAGGACGUGGAGAACGAGAGCCACCAGCAGGUCGUGUCCCGGAUACGAGCCACCACGGGCCGGCUGGAGCUGGUGGUGGUGGACCCGGACACGGAACAGCUGCUGAAGAAACACAACAUGAAGUGUCUGCAGGAGUAUGUCACCGACGGGGUCCCGUUACCCUUCGACGACGACGAGGAGGAGGAGGUGGUGGUGGAGGAGGAUGUGGAGGUAGACGGGAAGGAAAACGGGGAUGAGCGGCACGCUAAGAGGGACGAGGAGGUGGAGGAGGAGGAGGUGGAGGAGGAGAAGGAGGAGGAGAAGCAGACGGGGACACCCAGGGAGUCCACGCCGGUGCCGGAGAGAAACGGAGAAAUCCACGGACACGUCGAGAAAAAGCUGAGCAUCAACUCUGAGAAGGAGGCGUGCACUGAACUGCGGCCACGUCUCUGCGUGAUCCAGCGAGGGUCCAACGGAUAUGGCUUCAACCUGCACAGCGAGCGGGCGCGGCCGGGUCAGUUCAUCAGGGCUGUGGAUGAGGACUCUCCAGCAGAGAGGGCAGGCCUGCAGCCCAAGGACAGGAUAGUCCAGGUUAACGGCGUCUCUGUGGAAGGGAAGACACAUUCAGAGGUAGUGGCUGCCAUCAAAGUGGGCGGGAGCGUGACCCGUCUGCUGGUGGUGGACCCCGACACAGACACCUUCUUCAAGAGGUGCCGAGUGGUGCCCACCUCGGACCACCUGACCGGUCCGCUGCCCGAGCCUGCCAUUAACGGAGGGAUGGAGGAGAAGGUGAACAGUAGAGGAGCCAAAGAGGCAGAGAGGGACUCAAAGCUGUCAGUCAGUCCUUCUCCAUCCAACGCCUCAUCCAAUGCCUCGCUCACAACCCCGCCCACAAACACCCCACCUGAGGGUUUGAUCACAGACACCAUCCCAGCACUCAGCCUGUCCCUGCAACAGGUCAAAGAGCUCGCCCACCAGAAACGCUCCAACAAGAGAGCCCCGCCCAUGGACUGGACCAAGAAAAACGAACUCUUCAGCAACCUAUAGGGCACCUCAGCUCACCUCAUAACACACACACACACACCUUCUCUCACGCAGAUAUUACAAUGAUUUUUGCAAGGAGACAUCAGAAAGACUUUUUUUUAUUGCCAUGACACUAAAAGAGCUUUUUGUUUAACUAUUGGCCGCAGACAAAUUCAAGCCAUUCUGCAAAAUAUAGUAUUCUCCUUUUUAUUAUUUCUCUUCAUGUUAUUGUAAUCCAGAUGUUAUACUGUAUAUGUAUAAUGUGCUACUAACAAGACAGAUGCAUAUGUCAAUGAAGGAGAACUGGACCAUGUUGAAAAUGUGAGCGUGUAUGUGUGCGUGCGUGUGUGUUUGUAUGUGUGUGUGUGUGUGUGUGGACCCUGACAGUCCCUGCUGGCCAGAGUCUGGUGCCUGUGGAAAUGACUUUAACAACCCGCUCCCCCCUCUGCUCAUCUGUCUUUUAAAGGUUUAUACUAACAUUUGAAAGGUUAAAGUGUCUUCUGUUAGAAAGACAACGGGACCAGCGACGUUAAACCGGCCUGACAAUCAGUUCAUCAUUUAUCUCUCGUUUAUCCACUUUCUCUUCCUUUAAUUGAAUGAGUGUUUUUGUUUGUGUGGAUUACAGAUUACAUGUCAGAGCCCCUUUUUGUUAUAUUUCAAAAAAAGUAUAUGAUCCCAAAAUAAGGCAUUGAUUUCCUCCACCUUGAAACUUGUUUUAAGAAUCUUUUUUUUUUUUUGGGAAUACUUUACUUUUUGGCUUUAAACUGGAAAGAACUGGUUUAAUAGUGGGUUCUCUUAUAAUGUAUGUAUAUAUAUCAUAUGUCAUGUAUAUUUUUACAUUUUUGACUUAAUUCCACUCUUUAAAUGAAAGUGAGUUCAUCUUAAUCGUGUGUAUCCAUUCUUUGUCUGAGUACAUGAUAUCAUCUUUUAUCAAAUGUGAACUACAGUUUAUUAUGAGUAAUUUAUACCGUCCUUACUUUGCCAUCACGUCCACUGUAAAAGGCUCCUCAGUUCACAUUCUGAGCAUAAGGGAUGUUUUUAGUGCUCCUGGAGAAAUGCUCUGUGACAUUUUUACACAAUCAAUGUCUAAAAUCAAUAAUUAUGUAACUUUUAGAUUAUGUAUUUCUAAAAAAAAAAAAAAACAUGUCUGCGCUUCACUAGAUUUUAUGCAUUU